CUGUUCGCAACAUCGCUAGAUCACAAAAGUUCCGAGAGUUUGGCUGGGGUCAGCCGCUUUUCGAAACUCCUAAGAAGUUUUCGAUCGGGACAAAGUUCACCUGAACCGCAUCCUACGAUUUCUUGCGAACAGGGGAAGUACAUGCGUCCCUUGAGACAACCUCUUGAGUGCACAUUAAUUGAACCAGGAUUGGCUGACAAGAUCUUUUACAAGGUCCCGGAAGUACUGGCACAUCAUCAGGUUCUACUAGCUGCCUUAAGUUCCAGGAUUGAGGAUUGGGAUAAGGAUAGGAUCAUAGGUGAUGUUCUUUUAGCUCAUCAGUUGAUCAAGCACACUCCUACUGAACAUCCUGAUCAUGAAAUUCUGUUGAGGACACAACGACACAUCCACAACCUAGCGGUAGGAUAGAU